AUUAAGCGAGUCAACGUUAUAUAUGUAAUCUGCUUUUGUUUAAAUUCUGUUAAAAACCGCGCGAAGCCGCCGCCGCCGUUUUCGUGGCCUGGCGCCGACAAUUGCGUUCGGGGUUGCGGGCUGCGCGAACCGCUUCUUUUAACCGGCGCCGAGGCUGCUCGUGAAACGGAAAAAAGAUUAUUUGUCGGGCCGAGUACGGAAUAUUAGGGCUCAUUGUGAACAAUCGCGUUUCAUCAGUAAAAAUCAAGGCUUAACUGCGUCUAAUAAGGAUCAAUUCACGAAUAGUUGCCGCCGUAAUAGCGGCGCGCGCUCGCCUGCCGGAACGGGCGUAAGUGGCGGGCGGAACGGAGUGUUUUGGCGGUAGGCGGCGGGCAGGUAGCCAGGUAGGCAGGCAGCCAGGUAGGCGCUAAUUGGACGACACCUGCGGCACCUGCACCAUGGAGGGCGGGCCCUUCGACGACAACCUCUUCUCCGACUUCGGCGGCUGCGUGUCGGGCUCCAGCACGCUGCUCAGCGCGAGGGCGCACGCCGAGUCCCGCGGCAAUGUCCACUCCAUACAGGUGAUGCUGGGUCUCCAGCACUCGGACAUUCUGCUGGGCAAGAUGGACGGCGGCGCCGGCGCCGGCUCGGGCGGGGGCGGGCAGGGCCAGGACGGCGGCGCCGGAGCUGGUGACGCGGGCCCCGGGCCCACGCCGCCGCUCGUCACGCAGCCUGCCGCCAAGCGCAAGGAUGACCCGCUGUUGCAGCACGCCGACUCACAGCAGCAACAGCAGCAGCAGCAGCAGCAGCAGCAGACCUUCAUCGUCUCCGCAGCCAUGGAGACUCCUACCCAGACCCCGACGACGACGUCCAAGAAGUCAGAGUCGAAGAGCAAAAAGAGUGACAAUAACGGAGUGAAGAAGAAGAAAACGAGGACGACGUUUACGGCGUACCAGCUGGAGGAGCUGGAGCGCGCGUUCGAACGGGCGCCGUACCCCGACGUGUUCGCGCGCGAGGAGCUGGCGCUCAAGCUGAGUCUCAGCGAGUCGCGCGUCCAGGUGUGGUUCCAGAACCGGCGCGCCAAGUGGCGCAAGCGGGAGCCGCCGCGCAAGACCGGCUACCUCGCCACCGGAGGCUCGGCGAGCGCGUCACUGUCGUCGUUCGGCUCGCUGAACAGCUCGCUUGGCCCGUUCUCCGGGGGCGGCGCCGGAGGCGGCGGGGGCGGCGUGUCAGUGGGCGGGGGCGGCGUGCCGGUGGGUGGAGGCGGCGUGGGCGUCGGCGUGGGCGUGUCGGCGCCGGGCGACUCGUGGGCCGCCUACUCGCCGGCGGCGUACGAGCUGUCGCCGCACCUCAACCUGCUCAACGCGCCCUACUCCAGCUCGCCCUUCGGCGCGCCCUCCGCAGGGCCCUACUCGUACGCCUCCAUGCUGCAGCCGCAGCACGACGCCUCGCUCUUCCGGUCGCAGCACCAGCUGGACGAGUCGGGUGCGGUGCUGGGCCAGCACCAGGACUACGACGACAGCCCGGGGGUGGCGCUUCGCCACCAGGACUACGUGGGCGGCGGCGGGGGCGGCAGCCCGCGGCACGGUGACUACGACGGCUGCGGCUCGCCCGGCGCUGGCAACGGCAACGGCAGCGUGCUGCGCCAGCACCACGACUACGGCGCGCCGCCCCCGCCGCCCCCGGGGGCCGGCUCUCCUGCCUCCGUGCGCCAGCAUCACGACUACGUCACAGCCACUGCCAUAAACAAACACCUAGGUGCGUUAAAUUGA